GUUUCUCGAUAAUGAAUCUCUUGUCGGUUGCUCUACAGAUGCAUCAAAGCGGAAAUCCCGACAUUCAGAACCCUUUGGCCGCUUUAGAACUUCACCAAACCUACAGCAGCAUCUUGAUAUCAUUAACAGCCGCAAAUCGACUGCAAUGCCAGAAACGGUCGAAGUAGGUCAUUCGACUGGUCUACGCAAACGAUUAGGUGGAAUGAGUAGCUCAGAAGUGAUUGAGACAGAAAACAAUCAUCUGACAGUCACUAAGAAUGCUUGUCCUACGAUCUCAUCUGAUACAAUCGAGCAACUUCACACAUCCUCUCCUGGUACCACUCCUCCUCCAGUCUUAUCUCAGCGUUCACCGAUACCGCAGCAAACUCUCUUUUCCUUAGGGAUCGAUCUCGACUCACAGUGUUCACCUCUCACCUAUCAAGUUUUACAUCCCAAAGAUAAGAUACGGUCUGUCAAUAGGGGACACGGCGGUUGGUUGGAAGCUAAUCAAGAUCCCCAUUCAAAUGAACCGGCAGAAGAUGAUCUAUUCAAUUGUCUUCCUGCCCCAGUUGCCAAGCAAUCUCGUCACCGUGUGGUUUCUGAUGAGCUUCUUUGCCUGCCAGGAGACUUGGGCACAUCUCAGAGUCGGAAUCAGGGUAUUGUUUUAGAAAACACUACCGAUCAGCAAGGUUGUGAUGCUGUCAUUCUACCUAUACCGACAGAUAAUUCCACUGGUCAACAUGAAGCUGAAUGUCAUCCCGAUCGUGAUAGAACUCAACACACACCUAAAUCACGAGUCCUCUGUGAAGCAUCUCCCACCCCGAAAAGGCUAUCAACUCCAGCAAAACAACACGAAAAUUCAAUCCAUCUUUUUGACCCUGGGCCUUGUGUUGUACCGAGUCUGCCUAGAGAUAAGCUUGCUCCGCGGUCUCUCAGGUCUAUAUCCCCCCUCGAACACCUCAAAGAUCCGAAGACCAUAUCCGUAGAUGAUGAUAUGCUUCAGUCGUCACCUGUGCCAGCUCAAUCACAAGAUGGUGACAAGACUUUAUUCUUUCCAGAGUCUAUGGCACUUGGAAUAUCAGAUUGGGAAGAUCUAGGCAGAAACAGUCCAUCACCACCGCUUUUGAGUCGGGUUGAAGAAGUGAUUGAGCAAGCAACCACUCCCACGCCUCGACGAAGCGGUCUGAUUCCUGGUACUCAAUUAGGUAAAGACAUUGCUUAUGACAGCGUAUUGAGCAUCUUCACUGAUAGAUGCCAUCUAUGUGAUCCAGGUUUCCUCGAUGAGCGUGGACCAGUAUCUUCACCUAUUCCACCAUCAAAGGUCAUCUUGGCAGAGGAGACCCAAGAAAUGACACCAGAACGGCCCUCAAAAGGUCACAAUCUGCUUACUGAGCUGAUCGAAGGCUCACCUGUCCUUCCAUCACAUGUUUUGGCUGAAGAGACUCAAGAGUUAUCACCAGAACCACCCUCAAAACGUACCAAAACACUUGAUCGACCUAGUCAAUCCUCUUCUCAUCGAAAACCUUUAAUUAGAUCACUUGCACCACCUACACCUAUAUCAGUUAGGACUCGUCAACAACAAGAAAUGAGUGCUUUGAAAGAACGAAGGACACUUUCUAAGUCUGUUAACUCGACACGUGUAGCUAGUUCUAAUGUAUCAGCUCACAAAGCAAGGACUCCUUCACCUUUGAAAAAGGUCAAAAAUGUUGGAUCUUGGAAGGAACGAAAUCGACAAGCUUGGACUACUAAUCCUGAUGCUCAGAUAAUCAAUUCUCCUUUUGAUCGACAAUCCAAUAUAACCGAGUUUUUUAACCAGCCUGGACCAUCCACUAGUUCUAUGUCGACAACUCAGAAGAGUAAAGAGAUUGAUUCUGUUUCACAAGCAGGGUUGACCAAGGCACUUUUACAAGAAACAGCCAUGAAUCGUUUGUUUGGUAAUAUUUCACCAAUUAGGAAGACUAACCCGGAUCACUUAGAGGAAAAUGAUGAAAUUGAAGAUAUAGAUGUAGAUAUCAUGGUUCCUGAUUCACAGAUAAUCAUAGAGGGACAAGGAUGUGAUGAUUCACAAGAUGAGAAAGAAACUGGUAGAAUUGAUUUUGAGAAGUAUCUUGAAAGGAAAAGGUAUAGGAUCAUGACUUAUGGAUUUGAUCAAACUCAAAACUUGAUGGAUCAAGAAGAAAUUCAUGGUCGUCAAAGAGAAGUGGAUCAUCGAUUUAAAGAUACUAAAGAUUCUAGAGUUGAUGAUGAUGCUCAUGCUGAUGAAUUGGUAUCAGACGAUUUUGAUGUUCACUUUUAA